AUGUAAAAUGCUAUUGAAAGUUUAUAAAGAGAUCCACAAUCACUGCUAUUGUUAAUAUUUAGUCCGAUUGCAAAUAUUAAAGCAAUUAAAAAUAAUAGAAAUACACAAUAAAAAUAUAGCUUGUUUGCUUUAUUUGUAGCCAACUUAGCAAUUUUAACAACUAAAAGAAUAAAUGCUGAAAUAAACAAAUAAAUUGAUGUGGCUAAGCUCCAUUUUCUUAAUUAUAAGUUAUUACAUUCGCUAUAUUUUUCUUCUUCACUCUAAAAAAUUAGAAAUAAAAUAGCAAAUGCUAAAAUAAUCGAGAUACUGCAAAAUAAAGAGCAAAUAGCUGAUGGACUUUUUUUUUCCUAUUAAUUUUAUAUUUUUUUUGAUUCUUCCUAAAUUAUUUAAAGCAUGGUUAAAGGAUAGACUGAGUUUAGCCCUAUUUAACUGUUAUACUGA